AAACGCCCUUCGAAAGAUCUGAAAAGGUUCAAUUGUCAAGAGCAAGGCCGCGGUGCGUGGGCUGCCAACAAAGGUUCCUGACAAUCCUGACGUAACUUUUAAUAAAAAAUGAAACAAGUGACAAUUAAUCAUGACAUUGAGAAAAGGAGAUGAGAGACGCCGCCUGACGUUUUGUGCAGUCGCAAAUAAAAAGAGUUGGAGACGACUCGAGUGGGGGACGAUAGGGAUUAUUUGCGUCCAGAGCUGGAGCUCAUUUCUCGCCGGUUAACACCGACCUCAACCUGGUGCACCAAGGAAACGGGAGUGUAACGGAGAUUUUUGUUUGAGUAACUAUUUUCCAUACAGAAUAUCCUUAGUUGCCGCAAAAAAAUAAACAAGCGCAAUGACAGAGACGAAAAUGAAAAGCGAAGUGGCGGAUUUCUAUAAUGGGCAGGCCGUCUUCAUCACGGGCGCCACCGGUUUUCUCGGAAAGGUCCUGCUUGAAAAACUGCUGCGAUCUUGUCCCGGCAUUGAAAGUAUUUACAUUUUGAUCCGCGCCAAGAAGAACAAAAAUGUGCUCGAAAGAACCGACCAACUCUUCAUGGAUCAGAUUUACAAGAAGUUGGAAAAAUCGACAAUGUCAAAGGUGAUGCCAAUCAACGGCGACGUCUCCCUUCCAGGUCUUGGAAUCAGCGAAACAGACCGCGCAACUCUGACAGAAAAAGUGUCUGUCGUUUUCCACUCGGCGGCGACCGUGCGAUUCGUCGACCCUCUGAAGCACACGCUCAUCACCAAUUUGCGAGGCACAAAUGAAGUGAUCAACCUUUGCAAGGAGAUGAAACACCUCAAAUCCUUCCUCUACGUGUCUACGGCCUUCUCGCACUGCGUCCACCGCGAAAUCGAUGAGAUUGUCUACGAUAUGCCCAUGUCACCCGAGCAUUUGCUCAAUUGCUGCGAAUGGAUGACUGACGAUCAGAUGGAGUUCAUGGCCCCACAUAUCACUGGAGAUUGGCCUAAUCCAUACGCCUUCAGUAAGGCUCUGGCAGAAAACCUGGUGAAGAAACGCUGCGAAAACAUGCCAGCCGCUAUUUUCAGACCUUCAAUUGUGGUGAGCGCCGCACAAGAGCCUUUGCCAGGCUGGAACGACAAUUUGAACGGACCGACCGGGAUCAUCGCUGGAAUCACCAUGGGCAUCAUCAGGACGAUGAACGCCGACAAAGACCUCAACGCAGACUUCGUGCCCGUCGACUAUGUCGUCAACUCAAUGAUUGCCUCAGCCUGGGACGUUGGAACCAACAAGCUGCCGCUGCAAGUUUUCAACUAUACUAGUGGAGGACGGAACCAAUUGACCUGGGGCCGCUUUAGAGAGUUUCUCCUUCGAGUGGGUUUUGCCGCGCCACCGGUUAAGGCCCUUUGGUACUUCUGCUUCUUCAUCUUCAAGAGCACCAGAAUGCACAACAUCGCCGUCUACAUUCUGCACUUCCUGCCCGCCAUCCUCUUCGACAUGGUCGCCACCCUCUUCGGCAAGAAAAGACGACUCUUCAAGUUGUACCAGAAGAUCGACCAGCAGACCAGACCACCAACCUACUUUGCCCUUCGGCAGUGGGAAUUCAAGGACGACAACGUCCUCUCCACGAUUGAAAGGAUGACCCCUGAUGACCGGAAGACCUUCAGAUGCGACAUCGCCGAUUUGGACUGGGCCACGUACAUGGGCGACUAUUACCUAGGAAUGCGGCAAUACGUGCUCAAGGACGAUCCGUCCACCGUGCCAGAAGCCCUCAAGAGAUACAAAAAAUUGCAUUUUAUGCACCGAGCCCUGCAGGUUGUUAUGCUCCUGGGAUUCCUUGGCAUCACCCUCAAAAUGUUCACCCUCGCGACGUCGACGUUUUCGUCAUUUUCUUCCACUCCUGAGCUCUGAAGUGUGAAAAUGAGAUCCAAAACCUUUGUGUUUUAACAACUGUUUGCCCUUUUAGUGCAAAUUCACUGAUUGUAAUUUAAGUAACUUAAAAUUUUAAGGAAUGUGAUUGUACCGCUGAUAAUUCCUUUGUAAGUUGUAAUUAGAUUUCUGUAGUUUUAUUUUUUAAUUUUAACUGAAAUAUUCAGUUCUAUAUUUUGUCUUUGAAAUAGCGUUUGAUAUUUUUUCAAUAUGUUAUAUCCUUUAUGUUCUCAAGAGUGUGCUCAUCUCAUUAUUAUUAUCAUUUAGUUUUGAUGUUUUUUUUUUCAUUUUUAUUCAAAAUAAAAAUUAGAAAAAAUUGUUA